GGUGCCGCACGGACCGCUCUCCUCUGGGGGACCACUUUAACAGCGUACCGGGGCGGGGGGCAGCGGCGGAGCCUCCGCGAUGUUCACGGCGGCGGCCGAGAGCUUCCUCAGGCAGGCGAGGGAGAUCCAGGAGGAGGAGCUGAGGAGAUUCGCCUCCCGCGUCGCCGCCCUCCUGCAGGCUCCGAAUCCGGGCCCCGAGGCUGUGGAUUGCCUCCAGAGGCUGCACCUCACCAUCGCCGCCACCAAAUACCCCCGCAAGCUGGAUGGCAAGUUUGUGGAACUGCUGAAGACAAUGCUGUGUUCAUCCAAGAGCCCUGAGCAGAUUCAGGUGUUAUGUGCUGCCAUUCUGAGAGAGAUGUCACCUUGCAAUGAUCUGACCCUCUCCUGUGAUGAGAUUCAAGAUACAAAGCUCUUGAGCCUGGUAUCCUCCAUCCUUUUGGCUCAGGGAAAUAAGGCUGAUGUGUCUGCUGUGGGGCAGCAUGUUGUGAGAGUCCUUGAAAGAAAACUGCCUGAAGGUCAGAAUGCUCGAUCCCUUCUCCCUGUCCUGUCAAAUGUCAUCAGUGUUUUACCAGAAUCUUUCACUGAAGAGCAGACUGAUGCAAUCAAUAAAAAGCUUGCUGAGUGGCUGAGGUAUGCCAGCAUUCAGCAAGGAGUUGGCCAGACCUCUGGAGGCUUCUUCUCCAAGUCCAGGAGCAGACAGCCUAGCCCUGUCACAGAGGUGGAUGGUGCCAUUGCCACAGACUUCUUCACAGUGCUCUCAGUGGGUCAGCACUACACACAGGACCAGUGGCUCAACGUCCAAGCCUUCUCCAUGCUGAGAAAUUGGCUGCUGUGCUAUGGGGGCAAGGGGACAAAACUUCCUAAUUCAGGUGACAGAUCAGGACUGGAGAAGCCUGGUAUGGCCAUGGUCUCAACUGCAGCCCCAUCUGGCCACCUGCUUCCCCCAAAGGAGCAUCUGCAGGAGAAAGCCUUUGAGUACUGCCAGAGGUUGAUUGAGCAGAGCAGUCGGCGACCCCUGAAGAAAGAUGAUGGGGACUUGCAGAAAGCUUGCCUCAUUGAGGCAGUGAAAAUCAUGGACAUCAUCUGCAAACAGAACUCCUCCUAUGUGUCCCGUGCAGUUUCCUUCCUCAAAAUCCUGCAUGGCAGAAUCUGUGGGGAUGCCACUUAUGCCAGGGUGCUGCUGCCCAUUGCCCAAUUCUUUCUGAACCACAGCAAAAUGGCAGCUGUGGACUGCAGUGGGAUCUACAAACACUUAUUCUCUGAUAUCCCGGCCCAGCUCUUCCACAACCCAUCACUGGCCUUUGAAUUUCUCCAGUUCUGUAAAGACAACAGCCAGCUCUUCACUGAGGCCUCCAGCAUAUUCAGGCAGAGCUUCCCAAAUCUCUUCAAGUUCCUGGCAUGGAACAGCCCACCCCUUAUCUCUGAGUUUGUGGACCUUCUCCCCUUUCUGCUGGAUGCAGGCACAGCUGUUGAGAUCUUCCAUUUGCUGCUCGACCUCCCCUGUUUAACUGCAGCUCUGGACAUCCAGCUGAGGUCAUCUGCUCUUCCUACCUCUGAGAAGUCUUCCUGCAACCCAGCCAUGAAGCCAGCCACCUGCCUGGAAGCCUUUCACCAUCCCCUCUACAAGAACCCCUUUGAGUAUCUUCUCCGCACCAAGUCUGCUCCUGAAGAUGCCCCAGAGAGGCUGAUUCCACUUCGGCAGCUGCUGGGAUCCCUGGCCAGCAGCCCAAGGGUGGUGCAGUGUGCUGAGACUGUCCCUGUUUUACUGGAGCUUUUUUUCAGGGUGGUGGUGGAGUUUGCAGACAAAGGGCUGAUAAACCAGCUGGUGGUGCUGCUGCUGCAGAGGAGUGACCAGCUCUAUGAGAUCCCAGCAUUUAAAGAUGAUGUGUACAGGGUGCUAAGCUCACAGCUGGUGGUGCUCUGCAAGCUGCACCCUGCCCUCAUCGUGGAACUGUCCUCAGAGAUUCUGGAGUUCUCAGGAACAGUCAGCAACAUCCAGGACAAGGAAGCCAUCUUCAUCCACCUAGUCUGGGCUAUUGGAGAGUUCUUGUCUGUGUCCUGUGACAAGCGCUGCACUGGGGAGCAGAUCACCAGGUUCUUUGAGACCCUAGAGGUUGUGUUAUUUGAGAUCACCCAGCUCCGACCUGUGGCCAGCACCCCUCACUAUCCCCCCUGUGCCAUCACUGCCCUGAUGGUCACCUUGGCCAAGCUGGCAGCUCGGAGCCAGGAUUUGAUCCCCAGAGUGUCCAUAUUCCUGUCCAAGAUGAAGACGUUUGUGCAGAACCCUGCUGUCACCUCUGUUUAUUGCAAGGAGGACCUCGAGGAGAUCCUGACACGGGCAACUGAGCUCAUGAACCUACUGAAAAUGCCGAGCUUGGCUCACUUUGUGUUCACACCGCCUGUAGGCGUGGCCAGCACAGGGUUUCAGAGGGAGGUGACUGAUACCCUCCCUUCUGCCCUGGGGAUAGUCACCCGGCUCCUCCAGCCUGCUCCUGGCUUCGUGCCAGGCUGAGGGCAGGGGUUUCUGAGAGGCUUCAGCCUGCUGCUGAAGCUCGGGGCUGAGGCCCUGCUCUGAUCUGGAAAUGAGGAACAAAUGAUAGUGAAUGAAACAGAAAACAGGAAUAAGUAGAGCUGAGGCUGCUCUUCUGGUCUGAGGUCGUUUGUGUUGCUGUCUCCUAGUGCCUGUUGCUUUUCUACCACCUAAGCUUAUCUUACCUCUCCCUGGCCAGUAUGGCUUGAAAAUCCUGGUGGAUGUGUGUGAAUGUGGCAGGAGUGGGAGUGCAUGAAUUUAUACCCUGCCAGCAUGGAGUGCCCUUUUGGGGAAGUACUUCUCCUUCCCUCCCCUCCUCUGGCUUCUUUCUCCCUCCUGUUUGCCCUCAGCCAUGCACACACUUUUUCUCUUGCCUGCUGGCAGCAGAAACAGCCAAACAAGGUGGAGACAGCAGCAGUGACUCUGUUCAUUCUGCUGCAAGCCUCACUGCUUUUCUGUCUUACCAUCAGAGUCAAGGUAU